AUGCGGGGCGCUCCCCCAGUCGGCAUGUCAACCAGAAAGUUCGAUGAAUAUUACCGAUGUUAUCCAGUGGUCAUGAUGAGUGGCCCUGAGCGAACGAGCGUCAACUUUGGUGGCAAAGUCUUCCUUCCACCUUCCGCCCUCGACAAACUCACCCGGCUGCACAUCGCAUACCCUAUGCUGUUUCAGUUGAUAAAUGGGAAUGCAGGCAAGACCACACAUGCUGGUGUUCUUGAAUUUACAGCCGAAGAAGGACGGAUAUAUCUACCGCAAUGGUUGAUGAGAACCCUUGAUCUCGACCCCGGGGAUUUACUUCAGAUCAAAUCAACAGAUUUGCCUCCCGGUAAAUUCAUCAAACUACAGCCUCAGUCGCCUGCCUUUCUCGAGAUUUCAGAUCCUCGCGCCGUCCUCGAAAAUGCCUUCCGGAAUUUCUCCUGCCUUACCAAAAAUGACGUUUUUACCUUCGAGUACAAUGAUCAGACCUUUGAUAUCGCAGUCCUUGAAAUUAAGCCAGAUACCGACUCCCAUGGCAUUGUCACCAUGGAGACAGAUCUGGAAGUAGAUUUUGCAACACCAGUGGGUUAUGUUCCACCAGAGAGGAACAGUGGCACAAGCACACCGAAGAGCAGUGUCGGCAGACCACACGGAGGUCCAGUCCAUUAUCAAGGAAGUAUGGCGCAGAAUAUCAACUACGCCAGUAUAGCACCAAACUCGACUACUGCAGCCGCAGGUUCGAAAGCUGUCUCGUCCAACUUCUUGUAUGGCGGUCAGAAGCUUAAUUCCAAGAAAGGCUCGAAGGCUCCAACGCCGAAUGCGUCAACACCUGUAGCUGGCAGCUCUUCAAAUAUACCCAAACCACCUCUUCCUCGGAAAACCAAUGGCCCACAACCACUCCGCCUGCCUCCCGGCAAGUUGUUCUUUGGUUACGAAGUGAAGCCUGUUCGAAAAUUGGACGAUAAUGGAGAACCAAUCGCGUCUGAUGAGACCAAGCCACACUUUGUGGGACAGGGGCAAACUUUGAGGGCGAAGAAGCGAGCUGCAGGAACUGAUAGCGGUACAGGGAGCGGUGUCAACAGCGAUGCAGAAGCAAAGCCCCGAGGGAAAGGUCCGAGCUCUGGUCGGUAA